GGGGACUUCACGAUCCAAACGAUUUCUAGGAUGUCAAGAACGCCAUCCUCCUUCAACAUAUUACUUCGUCGGCGAUCCCCCAAAAUUAUCCAAAGCCCUAACCAGCAAUUUAGGAACAGUGGAAAUGAUGGCCGCCACGAUGACAUUUGGGAUAAAUCUCGAUAUUCGAGUGAGAUCGUGAAGGAGAUUUGUGGUAGCAUUAGGUCAAAACCUAGAUGGGAAGAUACACUUGCGUCGGAUUUUCCGGGUGUUAGUUUAUUGGAUUCUAGCUUUCUAAAUCAAGUUAUACUGUACCAAAAUAAUGCGUUUUUGUCAAUUAGGCUUUUGUAUUGGCUCAUCUCUACAUAUGGGUAUUCACCGGCACAAUCAACUUAUGCUUUGGUUUUUAAUGCACUUGUAGAAGACAAGGCUGUCAAAGCUGUGAAGAGUUUUCUGGAUUAUACGAAAUUCGUCCCAGAGCCAGCUGGUCUUGAAUCGUAUGUAAGGUGUCUGUGUGAAAGUGGAAUGAUUAAGGAUGCACUUGAAGCGUUUGAUGAGUUGAAAAAAAUGGGAGUUUGUCCUUCAUUAGAAACAUGGAACUGUAUUUUACUGGCUUCCAUGAAAGAUGGGCAUACACACAUUGUGUGGGAAUUGUAUGGUGAGAUGGUAGAACUUGGUGUUGUUGCUGAUGUUGAUACUGUUGGCUACUUGAUCCAAACCUUUUGUAUAGAGAAAAAUGUUUUAAAAGGGUAUGAGCUUCUUAGACAAGUUCUAGAUGAUGGGUUUGUCCCCCACAAGGUUGCUUUCGACAAGUUGAUAUUUGAAUUAGUAUUGGAUAAGAAGUAUGAUAGAGUAUCAACUCUUCUUCACAUUAUGAUUGCAAAGGGCGUUGAUCCUGAUCUCUAUACUUAUCAACAAAUUAUCCAUGGGAUGUGUAUUAUGGGGAUGCAUGAUGAAGGAUUACAUAUAUUUAAUGACCUCAAGGAUAGAGGGUAUGCUCCCGAUAGAAUCAUGUACACAACAAUGAUCGAUGGUCUUUGUAAAGUGGGAAGGCUUGGGGAAGCGAGGAAAUUAUGGUUUGAGAUGAUUCAAAAAGGAAUUGAACCCAAUCAGUACACAUAUAAUGCACUCCUAAAUGGGUUUUUUAAAAUUGGGGACAUGAAAGAAGCCCAAAAUCUCUACGAGGAAAUGCGUGUUAGGGAUUAUGCAGAAACCCUGGUUACUUACAACACUAUGAUUAAUGGCCUAUGCUCGCAUGGAAGGGCAAGUGAGGCUUUUCUACUAUUUAAGCAAAUGGCACAGAAGGAUGUUCCUCAAGAUGUGAUAACAUAUAAUUCUCUGAUUAAGGGCUUUUGUAAAGAAGGCAACUUAGACAAGGCUUUGAACCUCUUGCAUGAACUUGUGCAGCAAGGUUUGCAGCCAUCAUCUGCAUCAUAUGGAUUCCUCAUAAAUAAGUUUUACAAGUUGGGACAGAUGGUUGAAGUAAAAACUCUGUGGAAUGAGAUGCAUGAUAGGGGCCUGUAACCAGCUGCUCCCUGUAAUUAUGAUCGUAUCUGGAUUGAGCAAGGAAGGAUAUGUUGCAGCAGGGAUAUACUAGUUUGUAUAAAUGGUGAAGAAUAGGCUCAUACCUUGGGAAGUAACUUUUGAAAUCUGGUUGGCAUUCUGUCGUGAGGGAUAAGUUAGAUGUUGCUUUGAUUGUUAUGGCUCAUAUGUUAAAGAAUAGGCUAUACACCAAGUUUCCGACUGCAGAAAAUAUCCUUGAUGGGAAGAUACACCUUUUGAAACAGGUUAGAUGGUUUGGUUAAACUUUGUGAGAAUGACUCUCUUAAAGUUAUAUGUUAAGUUAAACCUCCUGGGUAGUUUGGGAUGCUCCUUUUCUGGCUUCUAUGCUGAUUCUUCCAAGUUAGUAUCAUCAUAAUUUGUACCAAUUUAAUUUGUUGUUUGUAUCUUCUUUGGGUAUUCUGAAGAAUAGUAUAUGUGACAGUUCCAUAAAAUUCGAAUUUUGAUCUUCGGAGAAGAGAGGGAAAUUGAAUCAAACACCAGAUCUCGAUUGUUUCACUAAAAGACUUCUCUUGUUUAUCUGCUAGAUGUUUUAGUAAAUCAAGUUUAGUCU